AUGAUUCUAAAAUCCUUCCCCUCCCCUACUUUCCUUCCAUUAAUGAAACUCGAGAAUACGAUUUUCCUUCGAUACCCCUCACUUUCUAUCCGUAUCCUCCCAUUUUUCUCCUUAAGUGGAACUGAGGAACAAGACGGUAAAGGGGAGGAAGCUUUCAAAAUUUCAGGGGCUCCUCUCCUCCGCUUCAUCUACUUCUCGGAUUCGACUUCCCAUCGAUCUGUUGGCAUCGAUUUAGGGAUUAUUGCUCCAGGUGAAGAGGUUUAUACAUUAAAGAAUCAAAGAAAGGAUGUGCUAUUCAAUCAUGAUAUGGAUUGGGACAAGGAUAACAACAAUAGGUGUAUCUUGAGAACGUGGCGAGUCAUGGCCUAGAAAGUAGCAAGUAACUUAAGCAUUUCCAACAAAAAUAGUUCUCUUACCAAUGUAAUGACAUCAUCUGAAAGGAAUUUUCCUUCUCUUGGAACAAACCAGUGGAUAAUGAUAUAGGAAGGGUACCAUCACCUGGAUUAAGCUCUGCCAUUCAUAGCCAUCUAAUUAAUAGUCAAGCGGUUAUGACUGCACCUCUACCUUGGCUGGGGUGCUUCUGAUUGUUGGUGGUAAUGUUGAAUGCCGGAACUCAAAUGCUUGAAGAGGUUGUUGUUAAGAAAUCCCGACAAUUGAUACUGUAACGCCCGCGUUUCCAGGCUAAGCAUUAUUG